UAUGAUGGAAACAAGAUAUUUAAUUCCUCCAAAAUUAAACGAUUCCAAUCUUGGAAAUAAAAUUGUUGGUUAUCGCCCUUGUCGGCAUGGACCCCCUCGUGUAGAAAUUGAAAAGAAAAAUUAUAAUGGAAUGAUAAAAAUAAUUGGGCAUAAUUAUGGGCAUGCUGGUAGUGGUUGGACUCUUUCGCCUGCAAUUGUUUAUUAUUUAAACAAACUUUUAAUUGAAAAUAUUGAAGAAAGUAGAGGAGAUACGGAAAUAAGAGGUGUUAAUGUGCCCAUUUGUAUUGUUGGAGCUGGGGUAAUAGGCCUAUUUACAGCCUAUGAUUUAUUAAAGAAAGGAUUCAAUAAUCUGACUGUAAUAGCUGAAAGUUUUGAGGAAUUAACUUCUCAUAUUGCAGGAGGCUUACUUGCACCUUUUGCUCUAGAAGUUGACAAUACUGAUGAACAAGAUCUGAUAGACAAAUUUUGUAUUGAAACUUGCAACUUUUAUUUGGAAAUUGCACAAGGGAAAAAUUCUGAAUUCUCUUCUGAAUGUGUCCAAAUAAUGCCUGCUUAUGUUGAUGAGGCUGUUGCUAAGUUAUUGGCCUUAUAUUACUGCCGGAAUAAUGAACCCUCCAAAACAAGUAAAUGUUCAAUUCAAAAAUACUUGUCCAAAUAAAAAACAAAAAUUAUUAUUUGUUAUUGACAAUGCUAUAUUAGUACAAACAAAUUUAAUGAUGAAAAAACUUUACAAAUUAUUAAAAGAAUCUG